UUGCGACAGUGCCGCGCAGAGCGGGUGGUUUGCGGCAGUUCCUGUGGACGGCUCGCCCGCCGGUGAAUUGACUCGGAUGUUUGAUGCUGUGGGCCGGUGAAGGCGGCGGGGUUCCCUGCCCUCGGUGAUCAUGACGCUGGCCCCCAAGGAGCUGAGUAACCUGAUCGGCAUUAUCUGCGAGGAGGCGACGAGUAACACCUUCGAGGGCCUGUCCACCGCCUUCCACCAUUACUUCGGCAAACAUGACCACUUCCGCCUCGGCUCCACGCUCGUUAUGUUGUUGCAGCAGCCCGACCUGUUGCCCAGUCCACAGCAGCGCCUCACCGCCCUCUACCUUCUCUGGGAGAUGUAUCGCACCGAGCCACUGGCCGCCAACCCGUUCGCCGCCGUGUUCGCGCACCUGCUGAACGCGGGCCCGACGGCCGAGGAGCAGGACAGGCCGUUGCUCGGAUUUUUACCACCUAUUACACCUCCGGAGAAGUUUUUCCUAUCUCAGUUAAUGCUGGCUCCUCCAAGGGAACUGUUUAAGAAGACCCCCCGUCAGAUUGCAUGUAUGGAUGUUGGUAACAUGCCUCAGUCUGUUGACAUCAGUGGUUUGCAACUGGCCUUAGCUGAGCGUCAGUCUGAAUUACCUACACAGAGCAAAGCCAGUUUUCCAAGCAUUCUUCCGGAUCCUGAUCCUGACUCCUCUAACUCUGGUUUUGACAGUUCUGUAGCAACUCAAAUCAUAGAGGCUUUAUUGAGUGGACCAAGACCACCAAUAGAAAGUCACUUUCGGCCAGAGUUUAUUCGGCCUGCUCCUCCACUUCAUGUAUGUGAAGAUGAGUUAGCUUGGCUAAACCCAACAGAACCUGACCAUACAAUCCAAUGGGAUAAAACCAUGUGUGUUAAAAACAGCACUGGGGUGGAAAUUAAGCGGAUCAUGGCAAAGGCUUUCAAGAGUCCAUUAUCUGCACAGCAACAAACACAGCUCCUUGGUGAAUUAGAAAAAGAUCCAAAGCUAGUUUACCAUAUUGGACUGACUCCUGUCAAGCUGCCCGAUCUGGUAGAAAAUAACCCUUUGGUGGCAAUAGAAAUGUUAUUGAAGCUAAUGCAAUCAAGCCAGAUUACAGAAUAUUUCUCUGUACUUGUAAAUAUGGAUAUGUCUCUUCAUUCGAUGGAAGUUGUAAAUAGGUUAACCACAGCUGUUGAUCUUCCUCCAGAAUUUAUUCAUCUGUAUAUUUCAAACUGUAUCUCCACUUGUGAGCAAAUUAAGGAUAAAUACAUGCAGAAUCGCUUGGUGCGCCUUGUAUGUGUCUUCCUCCAGUCUUUAAUCAGAAACAAGAUAAUCAAUGUCCAGGACUUGUUCAUUGAAGUGCAGGCCUUCUGCAUUGAGUUUAGCCGAAUACGAGAAGCAGCAGGCCUAUUUAGGUUACUGAAAACACUGGAUACUGGAGAAAAUCCUCCAGAAGCAAAAUCAUCAAAAUAAAGGAAGGCAAUAUUCACAACUUAAGACAGGAAUACAUUUAGAAAUAUUUCUGUGAUUUCGGUGCACCACUGGAAAAAUAACUAAUUUUGUUUCAAAACCAUAAGGCUUUCUAAGGCAGCAAAUUUGCCCAAAUGGGACCCGAUUUAUUUUCUUGUUAUACAAGUAUACAAACUGAUUCUGAUUAACAUCCUAAACAUAUUUUGGUAGGCUAGAGAUAUAUAGCAAUGAACAUCACUUUGCUGACUUCUAUAUCAUUUGGGGUAGGAUGUAUUUUCUUUAAAAGAAUACUAGUUUAUUUCUUAACACCAUAUGUAUAAACACAAUGCAAGUUAUCACAUUCAUCAAAUGACUGAAAGCUCACAAUGUAUUAAAGUAAUAGAGAGUGAACUUGAAAUUUGAAACUUCAUAUUGAUUAUAAAAGUUUUAUUUAAAUUAAAAUGCUGUAAAUUGAAGCACCAUA